AUGUCUGCUGAUUUCGGUUUGAUCGGUUUGGCCGUCAUGGGUCAAAACUUAAUCUUGAACGCCGCUGACCACGGGUUCACUGUCUGUGCAUACAACAGAACUACUUCUAAAGUUGAUGCUUUCUUAGCUAACGAAGCCAAGGGUAAAUCCAUUGUCGGUGCCCAUUCUUUGCAAGAAUUGGUUUCCAAAUUGAAGAGACCAAGAAGAGUUAUGUUAUUGGUUAAAGCCGGUGGCGCCGUCGACACUACCAUCGAUUCCUUAGUUCCAUUUUUGGAAAAAGGGGAUAUCAUCAUCGACGGUGGUAACUCCCAUUUCCCAGAUUCCAACAGACGUUACGAAGCUUUGAAAGAAAAGGGUAUCUUAUUUGUCGGUUCUGGUGUCUCUGGUGGUGAAGAAGGUGCCCGUAACGGUCCAUCUUUGAUGCCAGGUGGUGCCGAAGAAGCUUGGCCAUACAUUAAGGAUAUUUUCCAGAGUAUCUCUGCUAAGGCCGAUGGUGAACCAUGUUGUGACUGGGUUGGACCUGCCGGUGCCGGUCAUUUUGUCAAGAUGGUUCACAAUGGUAUUGAAUACGGUGAUAUGCAAUUGAUUUGUGAAGCUUAUGAUAUUAUGAAACGUGUUGGUGGCUUCACUAACAAGGAAAUCGCUGAUGUCUUUGCUACUUGGAACAAGGGUGUCUUGGAUUCGUACUUGAUUGAAAUUACAAGAGAUAUUUUGAAAUUUGAUGAUGUCGAUGGUAAGCCAUUGGUUGAAAAGAUUUUAGAUUCUGCUGGUCAAAAGGGUACUGGUAAGUGGACUGCCAUGAAUGCUUUAGAUUUAGGUAUGCCAGUCACUUUAAUUGGUGAAGCCGUCUUUGCCAGAUGUCUAUCUUCCUUGAAGAGCGAAAGAACCAGAGCUUCUAAAGUCUUACCAGGUCCAACUGUUCCAAAGGAUGCUGUUAAGAACAAGCAAGAGUUUAUUGACGAUUUGGAACAAGCUUUAUAUGCUUCCAAGAUUAUCUCUUAUACUCAAGGUUUCAUGUUGAUCAGAGAAGCCGGUAAGAACUACGGUUGGAAAUUAAACAACCCCUCCAUUGCUUUGAUGUGGAGAGGUGGUUGUAUUAUUAGAUCUGUUUUCUUGGGUGAAAUCACAAAGGCUUAUAGACAAAACCCAGAAUUAGAAAACUUGUUAUUCAACAAGUUCUUCGGUGAUGCCGUCACUAAGGCACAAUCUGGUUGGAGAAAAACCGUUGCUUUGGGUGCUACUUACGGUAUCCCAACCCCAGCUUUCUCUACUGCUUUGGCUUUCUACGAUGGUUACAGAUCUGAAAGAUUACCAGCUAACUUACUACAAGCUCAAAGAGAUUACUUCGGUGCUCACACUUUCAAAAUCUUACCAGAAGCUGCUUCUGAAAGUUUACCAGAAGGUAAAAACAUUCACAUCAACUGGACUGGUCAUGGUGGUAACGUUUCUGCCUCCACUUACGAUGCUUAG